GAGCAGCCGAGCGGUGCCAGGCCAGGUGUGCGUGUCCGUGGGUCCUUCCGCGCCCGCGUCGGAGACCAGCCUCGGAACCGCCCGGGCCGUCCCUGUGCCGGGCACCAUGAAGCAGGACCCCGCGGCCCAGAACACCCCGCCCCCCUCGCCGUCUGCGGCACCGUCCACACAGCCUCCCGGGGAGGACGGCGACCCCCAAGCGCUGUGGAUUUUCGGGUACGGCUCCCUGGUGUGGAGGCCCGACUUCGCCUACAGUGACAGCCGCGUGGGCUUCGUGCGGGGCUACAGCCGGCGUUUCUGGCAGGGAGACACCUUCCAUCGGGGCAGCGACAAGAUGCCUGGCCGUGUGGUGACUCUCCUAGAAGAUCGUGAGGGCUGCACUUGGGGUGUGGCAUACCAAGUUCGAGGAGAGCAGGUGAAUGAGGCCCUGAAGUACCUCAAUGUGCGGGAGGCAGUGCUUGGCGGCUAUGACACCAAGGAGGUGACCUUCUACCCUCAGGAUGCACCUGAGCAGCCCCUCAAGGCAUUGGCCUAUGUGGCCACCCCACAGAACCCUGCCUACCUGGGCCCUGCUCCAGAGGAGGCCAUUGCUACCCAGAUCCUGGCCUGCCGGGGAUUUUCUGGCCACAACCUUGAGUAUUUGCUGCGGCUUGCUGACUUCAUGCAGCUCUGUGGGCCUCAGGCACAAGAUGAGCAUCUGGAAGCCAUUGUGGAUGCUGUGGGCUCCAUGCUGCCAUGUUUCUGCCCAGUUGAACAGGCUCUGGCGUUGGUCUGAGGGGUAGAGCCCCUGCAGGGAAUGCACAUGGAGACCCAGGGACAGAGGCCCAGCCAGUGCCUGAGACUGGGCAUGACAGGCAGCUGGGGGCUCUUUUCUCUAAGCCCUGCCUAUCCGCCAGCCUGCAGCUGUCCUGUGUGCCAUUGACUUUCUACUUGAAACUUGAUUUAUUGCACCAUGUUGGUGUGGUGGGCAGGGUUGGGGGGACCUGCCCUGAAUAUGGGCCCUGCUGUGCGGUGGCCCAGCCCAGACCUUUGGUGCCUGACCAGAUCCCCCCAGUGCUGCUCCUAACUCUAUGUCACCCAGACCUCCAGUUCCCCAGGGAUCCUCCAUGCACCUUCAUCCUAUGUUCACCUGGACUGGCCACUCCCUAGUCCUGGGAGAGCUCCCACCCAAGUGCUCAUCCUGCUGUGUGAGGGGCAGGAGCCAGGAGGGGGCCCCACAAAGGCUGAGGUCUGCUCAUGCACUGGAAGCCUGGGGCACAGGUGGAUCUGCUGCCUUGACACACUUCAAGUCAGGCCUGGGCUUUUUACCUUUGUGGGUUUGUUUCCCUGUCUGUCUGUUGAUUGCUGUCUGUCUGUCUGCUUGUCUGGGCCACUACUGUGUAUCUUGUUCUAUUCCUGGUACGCUCAUCAUACAGGCCUUGCCCUUUCCCAGCCUGUCCCACACAUUUACCCAUAAACUGAUCUCAUCAUCCA